AUGGUGGCGGCGAUCGCGCGGCCGAACGCGGCGUGCGCGGCGCUGGCGGCGGCGUGCGCGCUGGCGACGCGAGACGGAAAACGACGCGCGGAUCUGCGGCGAGCGCUGAUGCGCGGCGAGGGCGGCGGCGAGAAUGAGACGGAAGAGACGGCGCCGGUGAUGGAGUUCACGGCGAAAGACGCGACGGUGUUGAUGGAACGCGCGGCGAAGGCGGCGGAACGGGCGGCGAGCGUGGCGGAGUGGCGGUCGAGGACGGUGAGCGCGGCGACGAUGUACGCGGCGAUGGCGCUGAGUGGAGUGAGCGCGUUCGUGAGGGCGGAUGUGAUGAUGUGCGCGAUCGCGCUGUACGCGACGCGGCCGGCGAGGUUGCGGGUGAUUCCGGAUCCGAUCAACGCGUGCUGGUCGCGCUUGCCGAGCCUGUGGAAGGAUCAGUCGAAGAUUCAAUGA